CAAAAUAUACGUAUUCAAUAUACGAGAUGAAAAAGUAUACUGAAAAGGAUUUUGAUGAGAAGGUGGAGAAAGCAGUUGAUAAAUAUUUAAGCAAGAAAGCACAAUAACAAUAAUAGAAAGGGUACAUUCAUCACAAUAAUGAAUGCAUAAUUGACAAAUUGGUUGAGAAGGAGAAGUUGAUGGCAAGCAUAGCCAACAUAUUCACAGAAGUGGCCAAGAUCACUUGCAACGAAUUGGUGGAACCUAUCAAGUAGUAGAUCGAUCAAUUGGAGUCAGAUUUGGCUAAGAUCAAAGAACUUGUCAUCAAGAGUUUUAAUCAAUUUACUCCAGUAAUGCGCAGUGUGGGAGUUUCAGAAAAAGUAAUUGAGAGUGGGAAACAGAUAGAAACAGAUGAAAUCGAUAGAGUCAGAAAGAAAUUACAAAAUCAUGAUAACAUGAUUAGUCUAUUGAUGGAUACCUAAGCUUAAAUGAAAUAGACAAUAUAGAUAUUUAAUACUUCAGAUGAUAUCCAAUCAAAGAUGCUAUCGCAAUUUGAUGACAAAAUUUAUUAACUCAAAUAGGAAUUAAAUGAUACUAAAGUCAAUGAUACCGUAAGGCAAGUCAAAGAGAAAUGCAAUGCUUGUUGGGUUGUGCUUGGAGAUGUGAAUGAUAGAGUCGAAAAAAUGUAGAAGUACUUAGAUGAAUAGGUGGAGAAGAAGAAAUCAGGAGGUCUCUUGUAAAAGGCUGCUUCUUACAUCAAAGCAUCUUGAAUAUAAUUGUGUAUUUUAUUAGUUAAAGUAAACAAUAAUAAUUG